UGGAAAAAUUGUCGAAUGACGAUAUUUCACCGAUAUCGAAUUAGUGAUUGGUAUUAUUGAUCUAUUCAAACGAUAAUAAUUUCACACUCUCGUUUCAUAGUUGAACUUCCACACGAUUGUAGCUCUUCAGUCAACUCAAGUCAUUGAAACACUCAGCGACGUAAUUUCGCAACUCUGAAGUCAGUGAAACGGUGGUUAGAAAAAACUUCGAAGAUUGAUAAUUCUUGAAGGUUAUCUACUGAGAAAUAAUUAUCAAGUUUAAUCGUCGAGAACGCGCCAUUUUAGCAAUCGUCUACACGAUAAGGCCUGAGGGCAGAGGGUAUUCUAACCGGAGAAGCGCGUUGCAGUACAUUCUGAACCGGCGUUGGUAAUUGUACGUGGCACGUGAUGUCAAAAGUGUUACUUAGCGCAACUUCACUGCUAGCCAAGAGAACCUUCAGCUACACGCCUAGAGUUCUAUCUUCAACAAUGACCGAAGCACUGAAACAGCACGGCGUUGUGCCGGACGUAAUCGACAAGGUACCAGCCUCGAUUGCCAAGGUAUCAUACCCUGGAAAUUUGUCCGUUGACAUUGGGAAAGUUCUUACGCCAACGCUAGUGAAAGACCAACCAACCGUCACCUGGGAUGCAGAUCCUUCGACAUUCUACACAGUUUGCAUGACGGAUCCUGACGCACCUAGUCGUAAGACACCAACAUACAGAGAAUGGCACCACUGGCUUGUGGGAAACGUUCCAGGAGACGAUAUUUCCAAGGGUGACGUUCUCUCCGAAUACGUUGGCUCUGGCCCCCCCAAAGACACAGGUCUUCACCGCUACGUUUUCUUGGUAUACAAACAGCCUGGUAAGAUUAACUUUGACGAACCGCGGUUGACCAAUAAAAGUGGAAACAAUCGCGGCAAAUUUUCUAUCAAGAAGUUUGCUGCUAAAUACAACCUUGGAGAUCCUAUUGCCGGGAACAUGUACCAGGCUGAAUACGAUGACUACGUUCCCAUAUUGUACAAGCAGCUCGGUGAAUAAUUUCACUUGUUAUGUUUAUUGAUUUACAUAUGAUGUUAAUUUUAUGCAAUACACCGUACUACUGGUUACACGAGCGAGUCGUGAGCUAGCUGAUAAUCACGUAUUUUCUUACAAAUAAACUGUUUCACGUAGAUCACUGAUUCA